AGAUAUUUUCGGUUUCCGAUUCUCUCUCAUCUUCGUCGUCUCGCAAUGGGGAAGAAGAGAAAGCACAGCGAGACCGAACAGGCGGCACCGUUGAAGAAAGACGACUCUGCUCCGGAGAGACCCAAAAGAACUCUACUGGGCUGGAAAGAAAAGGCCCAAGAUGCAGAAGAACCCAAACCAGCAGCGCCUGAGUUCAGGAACAAAGAGAAGGUCCUCGUCACAUGCUCACGUCGCAUAAGUUUCAGGUACCGACAUCUGAUGCUGAACAUCGUGUCGCUUCUACCUCACUGUAAGAAAGAUAGUAAGGUCGAAGCUAAGAGCAGUAAAGGCGCCACUCUUAAUGAGCUUGUUGAGCUUAAAGGCUCUUCUUCCUGCUUGUUCUUUGAGUGUAGGAAGCAUAAAGAUCUUUACUUGUGGAUGGUUAAGUCUCCUAGUGGUCCCUCUGUUAAGUUCUUGGUUAAUGCUGUUCACACAAUGGAGGAGCUGAAACUAACUGGAAACCAUCUGAAAGGGUCACGCCCACUCUUGACAUUCUCAUCUAACUUUGAUAAAGAUGUACACUGGAAGCUUCUGAAAGAGAUGUUAACGCAGGUUUUUGGAAUCCCCAAGGAACAUAGAAAGUCUAAACCUUACCAUGACCAUGUCUUUGCUUUCUCCAUUGUUGAUGACCAUAUAUGGUUCCGUAAUUACCAGAUAUCGGUACCUCAUAAUGAGGCAGAGAAGGUUGCAAGAGGUGGUCUGGAUAAAAUGACACUUGUUGAGGUUGGUCCAAGGUUUUGUUUAAAUCCGAUUAAGAUAUUUGGAGGCAGCUUUGGAGGUCCAACUCUUUACGAGAACCCAUUCUAUGUAUCUCCAAACCAGAUUCGAGCAUUGGAGAAAAGAAAUAAGGCAGGGAAGUUUGCAAAGAAGAUCAAAGCAAAAACGAGGAAAAAGAUGCAUGAGCUUUCGAACCCAUUGGAGCCUGAUGAGUUUGCUGACAUGUGGAAGGAUGAUGAAUGAUUGAUAGAGUUCUAAUCAAUUUUUUUUUUGCUGUUGUAAACUUCCACAUAUUCAUAGAAUCAUCAAACACAUUUUUGUGUGAACGGCUCUUUACUCUGUUUUAUUUAUCUGUUUUUUUU